AUGAGCGCGAGCAGCCGGCUGUGCUCGGGCUACUGGAGCCUGAACCGCAGCUUCGUGGAGCCCUUCGCGUGCCCGCGGCGCGGCGAGGGCGCGGCGCUGCGCUUCUGCUGCGGCUUCGCCGACCUCAAGUACUGCUGCAGCGAGCCGGGCAGCUACUUCCCCUACAAGCACAGCUACAUGUGGAGCCUCAGUAUCGGUGCUCUGAUUGGAUUGGGAAUCGCUGCCCUUGUUUUACUGGCCUUUAUCAUCAGCGUCUGUGUCCUUUGUUAUUUAUUUCUGUAUACAAAGCCUCAAAAAUUAGAUACUGGACUUAAACUUCAACACCUAGAAGCUUCUUCCAUGGGAGAAGACCAUUUAAAUAGGAAAACAAGACCCUUCAUCUCACAUGCAACAUCAAAUUCAACAAAUGAAACAUCCUAUGAAGCCGAAGAUAUAGUUCAAGAAAAAACAAUGGAUAAAACACAAAUCAAUACUACCUAUUAUUGAAAAAUCUCAUUCCAAAAGUUUAUUGGUGAUGAAGCAAAAAUAAAGAAUGCAUUUCAAACGAUAGUUUCAAAUAUUACUUUUUCAGUGUUCAUCACUCACAAAAUAAGACACAACUGCAUUUUUGAUCAAUGAAUUCAUUGAGCAAUGGUUUUGGUAGAUUUUCAUCUGCAUACAUUUACUUUUGUUAAGGUGUUUCUGUAUUGCAGGAAAUUAUGUUAGUUCUUCAGAAGAAAUUGAUGAAUUUAUCAAUAAUGCAGGUAAAUAAACAUCUAGUGAGGAACAAAUGAGUUUAUCACACUAUCAGCAUUUCACAAUUUUUAAAACAGGCAA